AUGGAGCCGCCCAACACGAACAACCUCGGUGCGGGUACCGUCUCCAGAGCCCCCGUCACAGCUCCCAACGACGUCAUCCGCCCCCCGUCGGCUGAUUCGCUCCUUUCGGAGGUUGAGGCCUCCUUUGGAGACAUCAUCCUGGGCUCUACAAGCUCCGCCGCCGAGGAGGUCGACGAGCACAGGGCAGGCAACAUUGAUGUCACUUCGUUCUCCUCCUCCUCCUCCCCGAACACCGAAGUGGCCCCCGCCCGCCCCGCCGGUACGACCACUCCGAGCGCCUCCAGCCCGUCUUUCGGUCUUGUCGACGCUCUGGGCACUGAGCCUGCUCGAGUUGUGCUGUCCCACUUGACCGCCCACGACAUUGCCAGCCUCCUCCAGGUGUGCAAGGAAGACAACAGGCACAUCAACACAUUCAUCAGGGAGACAGCUCUCUCCCUCAAGAUGCACAAGGCCUACUGCAAUGUGUCACCCCCGGACCUGACGACCUUCUCCUCGGAGGUCCGCAGCGCCAUUACCCCAGCUCGCAAGAUGACGCCAAAGGAGGAAAUGGACGACCUGCUUGCCACCCAAGACGGCUUAAUGCUCGCCAGGUCCCCAGAGAUCAAUAUUUACCCUGCACCUCGCUCCAAGCUCCUCGGAGUGGCCCACGGCUUCGCGGUUAUCGCCCAUAACCUCACUGAGUCCCCCGUCGGUAACGCCUUUCCUGAGGAGUGGCCGUACGAGGUGGGCGCGAUCUCAGUCAUUCAGCUCCCAGGCGCCGGAUGCUCGGACAAGUCGCCCUUCGGCCCGAAUGCGAAGGUCGUGAACGGCAUGUGGACUUGGCGGUGGAAGCUCCAGGGCCAAGGCGCGAUGCGCAUCCUGAAGUCCGAGUCCAGCGCCUCCAUCUCCAUCGAGGAUAAUCUUCUGGUAAUUGCUUGUCGUCGUGACUCGGACAUUGUCAUGGCUUCCUUCUCCAUCCUCCCUGUCGAGGAAAACGGCCCAGGCGGUCAAUGGCCAGAGUAUGACAGCGGUCCUGUACUACACCCUUCGGCCUGGGAUCCUCUUCGGUCCCUGUUUUCGUACGACUUGGGCUGGAGCAAUCUCCCGACUUUUACCAUCAAGCUCACCCAAGACUCCACGAUUGGGGUGUUGGUCAACAUCCGUAUGGGACAUAUGGCCGAUCAGACGCUGCCUCCGGGGGCCACAGUUUACUUCGAGGUUUUCGAUUGGAAGACGGGGCUCCUCAAGGGAGGGUUGGCUCCCGGACGGGGACUUCGAGUCCUGGACUUUGACUUCCUGGAGCACGACAACAUCAUGACGGUCACCCACUCCUACCUUGCGGGCGAGAAUGAAAGCCCUCUGCGCCUGGAGGUGUGGAGUCCUCCUGCCCCAAACUUCCAAGCAUAUCGUCAGCCGACAGGUGACCAAGUGUUCUCCCUGGUGAAUGGCGCAGUCAAUCACACCAUCUGCCUGGUGCCAAUCGUUGCCUUCGAUCUCGAAGCCAGUUCGAAUACUUGUAUCGGUCGUGAAGGGCUUCACCAGGUCGAAAUCGAGAGCGCCUCACUUGAAACUCAGGGUGGCCACCGGGGUGAGGCUGUGGGCGUGAUCAACGUCCGUGUCAUCAUCGAGGAUCGGGCAGAGUAUUACGAUCGAGCCUUCUUCAAGAUGUCGGUUGUAAACAAAGUAGUUAGGGACGUAAGGCAGGCCCGCGAUUCUGCACUCGGUCCGCACCUCAAGUUUGGCGCACCGAAUCCCUAUUUCCGACCUGGCGACCCCGCCGAUCCGACCUGGCUGUCCAGCGUUUAUGACAUGAUGGCCAAGGUAUGGGAUACCAGGACGGUUCCUUGGUCUGCGUUUCAGCCUUUUGUCUUGUUUUACCAAGGUGGCUACGGUACCAGCGCCGCUGUUAGCGGAGCCUGGUCGGUUCACCUUCAGCAAGCUUUCGGCGGGUCCGCCCCCCUCCUCCAGGUGUUCACCUACAACGAACCCCUCAACAGCUUUCAGAGGGUGGAUGAACCAACGAACGCCAAGUAUGCAACUGGGGACGUGAUGUAUGGGCAAGCCCGCUUCCCGGAGUGGCUUCGAAUCAGCCUGCCCUCCCCAACAUUCUUCGAGGUUCGUGAGAAGGCGCCCAAGACUCCCCUCUCAGGAAACGACGAUUGGCAUGCUUUCCUCUCGAGCCAAUUCUCGCCGCUGUCAUACCUCGCUUUCGAGAUGAUGCUGCCACCCGACCCCGUUGACAUCGAGUCCACCACUGUCAAGUUUGACGGCAAACACGCUGUGAUUGUUCGCGAGGAGGCAUGGCAUUUUUUGAACGCCUGGGCCAUGGGCUUUGCUCCACCUCCUCAGGACCCGGCUGACGGCUCACUGCUCAUCAUCACCUUUGGGGACAGCGCGCUUGUGUACAAGGGGAAGGGCAAGGGGAAGGCCGAUGGGUAG